AUGUCUUAUAAAAUUGAUAAGUGCUCAAUUCAUAAUCUUGAUAAAUUAUACAUUAACUUAUAAAAAAACACCUAAAAAUACAUGAAAACAGAAUGCCUUUAAUGUAUUUAGAAGGAAUCAAUUAGCAUAGAUGAAUUAUUAAUGAAAUUUAAAUAAUUGUCCGACAAGCCAUCCAAAAUUAUUUAGCAUCAAUAAAUAUUUACUUUGCUUAAAACUAUGGUUUAGUAAUCACAUUUUGUGUUACAAUCAGUAUAGUAAUUGUGCAAGACAAUAUCAGAAUAUCAAGUCGAAUGGUUAAAAAUGUAUCAAUAACAUGAAGAUAUAUAGAAAUUUUCUAAAUCUACUUUUUAUAAUCAAGAUGAUUUGAGUAAAAUUGCAUAAAUUACUUUAAAUUCAAAUUAUGUGAAUGUACCAAGUUUUGUAUAAGAUUAAGUUGAAAAUUUUUAAAAACUAACAACUAAACUGCAAUAAAUUAAUUUAAUCUUAAGUUCUAAUCCUCUUUUAUUGAGAGGAAACCCUAAAAUAUCAAGCAAUAAUGAAAACUAACAAAUAAUAUAAUAAUUUCAUUAAGAUUAUGCUGCAGACUUCUAAGAAUUUUCAUAAUUCAAAACAAAUAUUAUUGUUUAUGCAAUAGCUUUUAGUUUUGACAAUACAAAAAUAGUAAUAGGAGGUGGUAAUUGUAAUUAAAGUGAAAAUAAAAAUUUAAUGGUUUUGUGCUUAUGUGGUGAUAAUUUAUAAAGUGAAAAUAUUUUGCUUGGACAUUCAAAAAGAGUUACAGCAAUAUCUUAUAGUAAAAAGGAUCAUUUUUUUGUUUCUGGUAGCUUAGAUAGUACUAUAAGAUUAUGGAAAUUAGAUAUAAAAAAUAAAGAUUGGGAAUGUAUCAAAUUAUUGAAUAAGCAUACAUCAACAGUAUUAGGAGUAGCUAUUAGUAAUACAGAUUAAUAAAUCAUAUCAUGUGGACAUGAUUCUAGAAUAAUUAUUUGGAAAAAUAUUAAUAAUGAUUGGUAAGAUUCUCAAGUAUUAUCUGAUCAUAUUGCUGCAGUUAAUAGUAUAAGUUUUUCAGAGGAUAAUUUUUUAUUAGCAUCAGGAAGUGAAGACAGUAAAGUUUAUAUAUGGAGAAAUGAAAAUUCAGAGUUUCAUAAGUUUGAUCAAAUAAAUGUUCCUUGUUAAAGCUAUAUUUAUAGUGUUCAAUUUAUAAAAUAAAAUUCGCUUAUUGUCGGUACAUAUGAUGGUAAUAUUUCAAUUUGGAAAAUUAAUUUAAAUUCAGUAAGAUAUGAAAUAUGUUUUGAAAAUAAUCUUAAAUUUGGUUACAUUAAAAAAAUAGUUUAUAAUUAUUACUCAUAAUUAUUAAUCACAAAAUGUGAUCAUAGAACUAUUAUUUGGAGAAUAAUCAACAAUGAAAAUAUUGAAAAAAUUAAAGAAUAUGAAGGGGAAUACCUAGGAAUAGGUUUAUCAUAAGGCCCAUCUAUAAUUGUAAUGUUUAAUUGUGAAAAAAAAUAGCUUGAAUUACUUUAAUAAAAUAAAUGA